CACCACCACUCAACACCACCCCGGAGCACCUUUCUUUUUGCGCAUCACCAACCCCCGCUGGGGCCCCGCGCAUCACCGCACGUGUCCGACUGGCGGUCAACCUCACUGAGCCUAAAACCCCGACAAGCCCGGCCCCGUGUGGCCUCGGUCGCCAGUGCUCUCGUAUGACCUGUGGAGUGCCCCCCAGUGAUGUCUGAAAUGCCAUCUUCUCUCCCUCUCAACGCCCCCAUGGCCGCAACUACCACGCUGGUGGAUCUGCUGUCCAACACCCUGGUCUUGCGCCAGACGGCGCCCUAUCUGCCCGUGUCCGGGCUGCUUGCCCUAGCAGCCACCUCCAAGGCCUUCCGCCGCCUCGUGCAACAGUCUCCCGAUGUCUUCCGCUAUCUCGAGCUCUCCGACGUCAAGUCCACCUGGCCCAACUACGUGCCGCUAGACUCUGGAGGGAUAACCUGGCGCAACCAGCGCAUGGAUGAGUCCCUAACCGAAGACGAGUUCUACUCCGGCCCGAUCCGCGGCGUCUUCUCCCACCUCCAGCGGGCCAACUUCCUCAGGAACGUGCAUACACUGGUGCUGGACGGGCUAUCCGUACCUGCAGAUCUCGUGCAGGAGAUUAUUGCGGAGGAUCGGUUCAAUGUCCGCAUUCUCUCGAUUAGAGAGGUUGUGAACCUGAACGAACGGAAGCUUAUGGACGUCUUGAAGUAUGCCGUCCGCCCCACCAGACCGGAGGGUACCCCGAAGCUCAAGGGUCUGUACGUCUUCGGAACCCGAAAGAUGGACCACGACCUGGGAGAUCACUCCCCGAAGAAAAAGAAACCCCCACCUGGCGCCGAGUGGAACCACCGUUCAGCGGAUGCCCUCAACGCCUCCCUUGCCCGAACCAAAGAUAAAUGGUACCAAAGCCAUGGCAGUAUGAUCCAUAGGCGCGUUCCCCACGAAUGGGGCCCUACGCUCCAGGCUUGCGAGGGCAUCAUCUUCUUUGACGCUGUUCUCUGUCGAGGACCUCGUCACGAUGCUUCAAAGGCCUACAUCCAGGCAGGACAAAGUAGCGGCGAGCCGCACCCCUUUGGAUACCUUCCCCCGGCCAUUGCCACCGUCGCCUUGGGCCCAACAGGAUGCGCUAGCUGCCACUCGACUCCGGAAGGACCAGCAGUAUUCGGCCAGUCCCCAGCGUCCCAUCUCCCCCUUUUGGGCCCUCCACCUCGACAGUCAGCAUCUAUACGUGCAGCCCAGGAACCCAUCACAACGGAUGGCUCUGGACCACCGCCUCUGGUUGUCCGCUGUGUAGACUGUCUCAAAGGGCGCUGGUGUGAGCGUUGCCAUAAGUGGUGGGAUGAGAACUGCUAUGCAGGCUCGUCAGUGACGGGUCGCACUGAGCUCCAACAAACCGAGUACUUCGAGGAGAAAAUCGACUUUGAUAUCGCGGUCGAACGAGAAAUCAAGGUACUUGAAAACCUUUGCUUCCCUCACUGCUUCGCCAGCGUCAUCGUGCCCAAGUGCAAGGCGCUGGCAGCAAGGAUCACCGCUACCUUGGCGCACGAACAAGUAGAGACGGCCGAAGCAAGCAGCAGUUCUGCGAGCCUAGUUGGAUCCGGAUGACAGCCAUUUUUUGGUUGGACCUGCGAACCGACUAUGUGCAAACAGCCUUGACAUCCGGUCGUGGCGCGCCAAAGUAUGCUCGCUCCAUCGUCGAGGGGAAAAGGCUAACCUGCUGUGAUUUAGAUGAUUGGCGUCAAGCGGGAUUGUUUUGGAUGCGGAUUCACUUGUUUCGAAUGCAAAGAGGCAUACAUCCGCAAGUGCGGCAAGUGCCGCAACGAGUUCUGUCCCGUGGACAACGAGAAUUCCUCGGCUACUACCGUGGGUUAAUUUUCUCCUCCAGUAUCGCCCUCUCCUUUCCUUCCAAAUGUUGACAUAAACUAAUGAUCUGCAGUGCGACUGGUGCAGAUACACUGGACGACGGACGAGGGAACCUUACUAAAUUAUGCAUUAGCUAUGGCGAAGAAAAGCGAGCGGG